CCUAAACCAUUCAAGUUCAUGAAAUUUAAGUUUGGAUUUCAACACUUACUGCAAACUGAAAAAACAAAAUUAAAAUUAGUCUACUUGCCAAUAUAAAUCACAGGAAAGUGCUUAUACUCUCUCAGUAGUUAAGGCUUACAUACAAGAUAGGAAGAAUUAUACAAGAGGAUGUAAGAAAAGGAACAAUUCAGUGUGAAGCUGACUCACCACUAGGCUCUGCCUUCAGCUUGAAACUAUUUGCUUGAUUCAUUUCCGGUUGUGUCUAUGCAUUAACAACGGAAGCAAAGAAAAGUGAAAUAAAAGACAAACAGAGGUUGUCAAACGGAAUAGCCUAAAGGACAUGUUUACAAUUAAAACUUUUUGGCUUACAUUUAAAAUAUUUUGGCUCAUUGUGUAGUUAAAAGAGCAGUCCAGAAUGACAGAAAAAUCUCUGGUCUUUGGUGUUUUCUUAUUCUUGAAGCUGCCAGUUUGCUGUUGUUUUUAUAGCCAAAAUACGUUACCGGAUAUUGAAAAUGCACAGUUUAUUGAAGAAUGUGUCAGAGUGCAUAACAGAUUCCGAUCCAGUGUGGAUCCACCAGCUAGCAACAUGAAACGGAUGGGCUGGGACCACGAUCUUGCAAAGACUGCUCUUGGCUGGGCAAAGAUGUGCCAAUUUAAGCAUAAUCCUGAUCUCCAGACACCGGGGAAGGCCCACCCAAACUUCACAGUAGUUGGAGAAAAUAUUUGGACUGGAACCCUUUCGUAUUUUAAUGUGACUUUAGCCCUCACUCAUUGGUACAAUGAAGUUGAAUAUUACAAUUAUGCUACUCAAACUUGUAAACAUGUAUGUGGACAUUAUACUCAGAUGGUUUGGGCAACAACCUACAAAGUUGGCUGUGCCGUUCACUUUUGUCCUAGAGUACAAGACUUUACUGGACCUAACGCUGCUCACUUCAUUUGUGACUAUGGACCUGGUGGGAAUUAUCCAACAUGGCCAUAUAAAUCAGGAGUAGCAUGCAGUGAAUGUCAUGGAGAGCCUUGUGUAGACAGACUUUGUGGUGAAGUAUGGGUGAAGCCAUAUUGUGAUCUGUACUGCAUCAUCAUUCUGGUCCUGAGAACAUCUUCAUUUUUAAUGACUUUUGUAGCUGUCUUCAUUCUGAAGAAAUAUUAUCCAGGGUGUGUAUGUAUAAGUAAACUGGAACCAAAAAUAAGCACUUCUGAAAAGUAUUAA